GUGAAGGUGCAGCAGAACUAGUAGAGGAGAUCGGCAGCUCGUUUCCCCUGGGCCAGCCGAGCACAAUGAAAGCUAUAAUCCAAAGGGUCACUAAGGCCAGUGUCAGCGUGGGAGAAGAACAGAUUAGCUCCAUUGGACGUGGCAUCUGUGUGUUGCUGGGGAUUUCUGUAGAAGACACACAAAAGGAUGUUGAUUAUAUGGUGAGAAAGAUUCUGAAUCUCCGGAUAUUUGCGGAUGAGAGUGGCAAACAUUGGAGUAAAAGUGUUAUGGACAAGCAGUAUGAAGUGUUGUGUGUCAGCCAGUUUACUCUGCAGUGCGUCUUAAAAGGAAAUAAGCCCGACUAUCACAUGGCCAUGCCUUCUGAGCAGGCUGAACCAUUCUACCUGGACUUCUUGGAGAAAAUGAGGAAGGCCUACAAACCAGAAUUAAUCAAAGAUGGCAAGUUUGGAGCAUACAUGCAAGUAAACAUACAGAACGAUGGCCCAGUCACUAUACAAUUGGAGCCUCCAACAUUCACAGCUGACCCCAAACAUCUCGCAAAACUGGAAAAGCAACAACAAAGGAAAGAAAAGACAAGAACUAAGGUUCCCUCAGAAUCUAGAGAGAAGAGCACCCCUUGCCCCAAGGAUGACCCCAGUGCAAGCAGUGGAGCAGAGGGAGAUGUGUCCUCUGAAAGAGAGCCCUAGUGAUUCUGGAAAGAAUUCACAGAAGACCACCCACCUGGAGAAAACUUCCUAAAGGAACAAAAUAAUGGUGUUCUUAUGGAAUACUGCAAAGAAUAUGCAAUAUCUGUUUUUGCUUGUUGCCCGUUCAGGCUGCACAUUGUCCACAGCAGUCAUUCUAGUGUGUGAUUUAUGUGUGAUUAUUUAUGGUACUUGUUAAACCUAAUAAAUGUUAUAGUUCUCAGUAGGUCCUCUUUAAGCUGAUCAUAAGCCCAGAAAUCUGU